CCAACCAGCAGGCGAAGAAGACCAAACGCGUGACGUAGAAUAUCUGCGCACGAGCGAGCCACACGUGUUGUUUUUCUGUGUGAAAUUGUUGCACAUUUGUGCCAAAUUCAACCGCAAGGUCUCCGCUAUUACAAACAUGGGGAAGAAGCUCAAAGUCGGAAAGACCCGGAAGGAUAAAUUCUACCACUUAGCCAAAGAAACAGGCUACAGAUCCCGUUCCUCGUUCAAACUCAUCCAACUCAACAGAAAAUAUCAGUUUCUACAGAAAGCCAGGGCUCUGGUGGAUCUGUGUGCCGCGCCUGGCGGAUGGCUGCAAGUGGCGUCCAAAUUUAUGCCCGUUUCAAGCCUCGUCAUUGGUGUUGACCUGGUGCCCAUCAAGCCUAUCCCUAAUGUAGUCACCCUCCAGGAAGACAUCACAACGGAGAAAUGCAGACAGGCCCUCAGAAAGGAGCUGCAGACGUGGAAGGUUGACGUCGUGUUGAACGAUGGCGCUCCAAACGUGGGCGCCAACUGGCUGCACGACGCUUUCUCCCAAGCCCACCUGACCCUCAUGGCCUUGAAGCUGGCCUGCGACUUCUUGAAUAAAGGUGGCACGUUCGUCACAAAGGUCUUCCGCUCCAAAGACUACCAGCCACUGAUGUGGAUCUUCCAGCAGUUCUUCAAGAAGGUGCAGGCCACCAAGCCCCAAGCCUCUCGGAAUGAGUCGGCUGAGAUAUUCGUCAUUUGCCAGGGUUUCCUAGCUCCUGACAAGAUUGAUACAAAGUUCUUUGAUCCGAAGUAUGCCUUUAAGGAGGUGGAGGUGCAGGCCAAAACUGUGAAGGAGCUGAUUCCCGACAAGAAGCCAAAGGCGGAAGGCUACACAGAUGGUGACCUGACACUCUUCCACAGUUUCACUGCGACCGCCUUUCUCAAAGCUGAGAACCCUGUGGACUUUCUGGGAAAAGCCAGUGAGAUCACCUUUGACAACCCCCACCUGGAAGCUCACGCCACCACCACGGAUGAGAUCAAGGAGUGCUGUCGCGACAUCAAAGUUUUGGGCCGCAAAGAACUCCGGUUGCUGCUGAACUGGAGGACCAAGAUGAGGAGAUACCUGGCCAAGAAACUGAAGGAGGAGGCCAAGCAGCUGGACCAGGGGAUCAGCUUAAGUUCCGAAGAAGAGGGGGGCAGCUCAGACGACGAACCCGGCAAUAAAAACAAGAAAGAGGACGGGGACGAGGACGAGGAAAUGGAGAAGAAACUGGCUGAGCUGAAAGCGGAGGAGGUGGCUGAUCUCAAGCGGAAGAAGAGGAAGCUGCUAAAAGAGCGCAGGAAACAGAGAGAACGGGUGGAGCUGAAGAUGGAUCUUCCGGGUGUCUCUAUUGCUGACAACAUGGACGUCUGCCUUUUCUCCCUACACACCAUGAAGAAGAAGCAGGAGUUAGCCAACAUAUCCAAGGGAGACAUGCAGGCUGCAGAUGAACUCGGGGACGGCGAGGAUGACCUCUACUUGUCUGAGGACGAGAAGGACGAAGCAGAUAACAUGUCCCUGGCCUCUGACUUGGAUGACGAAGACAUGGAAGAGGUGGAGCACCGCCAGAAGGAGUUGGAGAAGAAAAUGGCAAAGCAGCAGCAGCAGCAGAAGAAGAAGGUGACGUUGACCAAGGAAGAGGAGGUGGACGAAGGGGAAGACGGCGGCUUGCUGGUGGAGCUGGAAGGGAAGGACGAGAAGAGAGAGAAUGAGACCAACUUGUGGUUCAGCAAGGACAUCUUCUCUGAGCUCGAGCUGGAAGGCGACGCCGAGAACGAGCUCAGGCAGACUCAGUGGCUCCAAAGCAAACGAGCAGGAAAAGGCAAAAAGAGGAAAGCUGAAGUGGAAGCGGAAAAGGAGGAGGCGGCUCCAGUGCAAGAAGUGGAAGAAGAAGCGGGGCCUUCACAGGAAGUCGUAAAAGACAGCGACUCUGAUGACAGCAGCGAUGAUGAGGAAUGCAUAACCAAGAUGAAGAAAGCCAAAGGUGGGAGCGGGACGGGCCAAGCCGAUGAUGAUGAUGAUGACGACAACAACACCGACUUCCAGGUCGUUCCCGUAGAAAGCACCAGCAAGAAAGCCCGCAUCCUGGACGCAGAAGGCCUCGCCCUUGGCUGCGAGAUCGCCACAUCGAAGAAGAAAGCCAGAGACCUGCUGGACAACUCCUUCCACAGGUUUGCGUCGUCCGACAAGCCGUGGGAGGUGCCCGAGUGGUUCAUGAAAGACGAGAUCAAACACAGGAGGAAGCCGUUGCCCGUCACCAAAGAGAUGGUGGAGGAGUACAAACAGAAGUGGAAGGAGAUCAAUGCCCGGCCCAUUAAGAGAGUCGCUGAAGCCAAGGCCAGGAAGAAGAGGAGGAUGCUGAAGAAAAUGGAGCAGGCCAAGAAGAAAGCAGAGGCAGUCGUGAACACCGUGGACAUUUCUGAGAGGGAGAAGAUGGCUCAACUCAAAAGCAUCUACAAGAAAGCCGGCGUGGGAAAAGAAAAGAGAGAGGUGACGUACGUCGUCGCCAAAAAGGGAGCCGGCAAGAAAGUGAGGCGGCCUGCCGGCGUCAAAGGCGUCUUCAAAGUGGUGGAUGGUCGCAUGAAGAAAGACAUGCGGGGGAUGCAGAGGAAAGAACAGAAAGCAAAGGGCGGCAAAGGGAAAGGAAGACCAGCAAAAGGCGGCAAUAAAGGAGCCAAAACUGGUAAAGGGCGAAAAGCAAAAUAAACUUUGAGCGCUUUCAAACUUUGAGCUUGAUGAACUGCUUGACCUUUCCGGCGCUUGUAGGCGCACAUGGCAAUCUUAAAAAUAGAAAUGAUCGUUUCCGGUAUCAAAGAAAGUUGCCAUCUUGAACCCACUUUUUUUGUAAAUAUUCUAUACACAUUUUUGCAAUAAAUGUUUUAAAGCA